UUAUAUUUCUCUAAUGAUUUGGCUUUCCUCGACAUUUUUUUUUGUUUUGCAGAGUUUGCUUAUAAAUUGUUUUACAGUUACAGUCUACCCGCCAUGUGCAUUAUAGUAUAGCUUCGACAGUGUCACUUUCAACCUGUUGAAUUCUUUUGUCCAUUGAAUAUUGAUUACUGAGAAAACAUGCCCAACAUCUCCCUUUCAAACGAGUAUAUUGAUUAUGUUCUUGCAUAAAGUUAACAACUCAGAAUCUUUUAUUUCAAAUUUGAUUUGUGGAAGCAUAUAAUACCAUUUUUUCAUGGCAUAAAUAGUUUACCCAUUCUUCAGGAUCAUGUUACAUCUCAGGCUCAGUAACUUUUUAAAAAUAUUGUCCACUGACAAAGAGCACUGUUGUCUAAUUUUAUUCCCUUCUUUUUAACAUUAUACAUGGUGGUUCCACUUGUUUGCAUGCUGAAAGAUUAUUUUGUCAUAUUUUUGUAAAAUAACUGAGCUCUUUAAGGGUUGAUAUCCAUUUCAAAAGAUAGUCAUGAUAAGUGUUAUAAAUAAUUACUUCAAGUCAGAAUUUCUUUUCCUGUUAAAAAGUAAAGUAAAGCUUGCUCACUCAAGGAAAUUGUUUUAUGGUCAGACUCAUGUUGUGCCAUGCUAGUGUGGACAUAACUAAAGGGCAGGUUGAAUGAGGUUGGGAUAUUGCAUAUAUAUUUGAGCAGAGGGUAUGAAUGAACAAAAUUAAAAUGACUGUGCAUAUGAUUAUGGCUGUUUAGAGGGGCCAAUGAGACCAGUAUGAAGCUUAUGGCUUCUGAGACUCCAGGAUUAAUGGUCAAAACAAAUGUGACUAACAGUUCAUUUAUUAAGAACAAAGCAUCAUUUUGAAUUAAGUGUCACAGGUUACAGCCACAUCUCUCCAUCAGAUUUAGUGAAUGCUAAUUUCCAUGUCUUGGCCAUUUUACCUCUGUAGCAUUCUUAAGCUUGCUCUUCCCAGAGAAUGUAAAGCUAUAAUAUGUAACUGUUUAUGAGUUAAACUUUAAUUAAAUUGUACUAGCAACUUUGUUUUAAUUGCUUCUGAGGGACUUCAUCCCAAAAGUACUAGAAAGUUUUAAAAUUCUGUCCAAUCCACAUUGUGAUGUUUAAAUUACUUUUGGGAUUUGAAGCAUCCUCAAAGCAGUAAACACUUUAAGUUGCUUUGAUGCUUCAUUGGCUGGUCUUUUAAAGAAUCCUCUGCUAGUGAAAAGACUGCAAAGAGCCCCAGCUUUCAUCGUUACUAGAACUAGUUUCUAUUUUGCCAAUGAUUAGUUGGCUUUUACAAUAUCAAUGGCAGCUACUUGAUUUUAAUGAGAACUGAGAAGCAGUUCUUUUAGUUAUCUUUGUGAAAUUAUCGAGAUAGAACUUAUGAGGCUAGCAAUUUGAUUAAAAAUGUAGGACUUCUGUUUUUGGCAUUUAAAUAUAGAAAUACUGCAUAUUACAUCAAAUGGGGAUACAAAUAAUUAUAGCAAAUUGCUGUGUUAAAGAACUUUUUGAGUGACCUACCUCUCAUUACCAUGGGUAUUUCUGAAUAUGCAGUGAGAGGAAGAUCAGCAGAACAGCUGUUAGAACAGAGAAAGCUGACUUCUGUGCAGGAAGAAGACAAUAUGUAUUUUCUCAUACUUAGAGGUAAAAGAGGAAAUCCCUUGCUACUGAAAUUCUUUAAUUUAUGAAUUUAUUUAUGGUUUGAUUAUAGACUAAGAAAUGUACACUAGAGUUUUUCUGAGGUCAACUUUUUAUUCAUUGUGUAUGUCAGGCAGAACAAUAGGGUGACCUAGAAAGAUCUCUUAAUCUCUAUUGAAAAAGACAAACAAGAAUAAUUUUAUCUCAAUUUUUUCCUUUAUUAUUUUAUAAGUAAUACUUCUUCUCUAGUCAGUAUUCUUAGAAUAUUUCAUGUAUUCAUAUUUCCCCUAAAUUAGGAAUAACCAAAAGUUAUUUUUCCUAAAAAAAAAAAUCUUUUCUAUUUAUUCCUUUAGCCCACAGGACUCUUCUGAAAUUAAGAUUAAAUUACCAUUGAAGUGGAACUUUCACAUACAGCUUUGUUUUAGUAACUGAAGAACAGCAAUUUUGUUAGGUAUAACAUUGUGUGAAGAAAACUAUUUGGUUACAGAUAAUAAUAUUGGUUAAAAUGGUCGGAUAUCUGUUGGCUAGUAAUAUUUCAUACAUUUUCUAUUUGUCCUGGAUUAUUUGGUCAAAAUAUGAUGGUAACAUUGUAUUAAAAUAAUUUUAAAUUCAUAAUGCAAAAGAUACAUAAUUCUAGCUCAGUUACAUGUGUUCUUAAUCUAUUCUCUAACAGGAAUAUUCUUUUUGAGAGCUGAGGACUCCUUCGUGAAGUCUGGAAGUCUAACUGAUCUUAACUUAGAGGGCCAUAACAUAUUCUUACGCUAUUGUGUACCCAUUUACAGGUCUUUAUUACUCAUAAGGGAAACCAUUCGAGAACGCAAAUGAUUCUUACAGACAUUGGUAUAAAAGAUCCACAUACAUUCCAGCCACUACAGAAUUUCUCUUGGUCAAAGAAAAGAUUAGCAUGGGAAAGUCUAAUCAGUCUUUUGUGACAGAAUUUGUCCUGCUGGGGCUUUCUGGCUACCCAGAGCUAGAGGCCAUUUACUUUGUGCUGGUCCUGUGUAUGUAUUUGGUGAUCCUAUUGGGAAAUGGAGUCAUCAUCAUUGUGAGUGUUUAUGACACCCACUUGCACACCCCCAUGUACUUUUUCCUCAGUAACUUAUCAUUCUUGGACAUCUGCUAUACUAGUUCAUCUAUCCCACUAUUUCUCAGCAGCUUCUUAACUUCAAAGAAAACUAUUUCCUUCCCUGGAUGCGGAGUGCAAAUGUUUCUCUCUUUUGCUAUGGGAGCAACAGAGUGUGUCCUUCUAAGUAUGAUGGCGUUUGACCGCUAUGUGGCCAUCUGUAGCCCUCUACGCUACCCUAUCAUCAUGAACAAAUCUGCAUAUGUGUCCAUGGCUGCUGGGUCCUGGAUUGCAGGAGGCAUCAAUUCUGUGUUGCAAACGUCCCUUGCAAUGCGGCUUCCUUUCUGUGGGGAUAACAUCAUUAAUCAUUUUACUUGUGAAAUCUUGGCUGUCUUAAAAUUGGCCUGUGCUAGUAUCUCCAUAAAUAUUAUUAGCAUGGUUGUUGCUAACAUGAUUUUCCUUGUAGGGCCAGUACUUUUUAUUUUUGUUUCAUAUGUUUUUAUUCUCUCCACCAUUCUGAGAAUUCCUUCUGCAGAAGGAAGGCGCAAAGCCUUCUCCACCUGCUCUGCCCACCUAACGGUGGUCAUUAUAUUCUACGGAACCAUCCUUUUCAUGUAUGCAAAGCCCAAGGCUAAAGACUCUUCUGGUGCAGACAAAGAACAAGUCACAGAAAAAAUAAUCUCCCUCUUCUAUGGAGUGGUGACACCUAUGCUUAAUCCUCUCAUCUAUAGUUUGAGGAACAAAGAUGUGAAGGCAGCAGUGAAGAGUAUUCUGUGUCAAAAACGCUUCUCAGAAAGAAUGUGAAUGUUUCUUUAUUUAUUUUUAAAAUCAUUUUACUCUGAAUGUAGGGCUAGUUCUCACUCAGAGUUUCCAAAAUAAAUAUGAGGGUUGAUGAUUCCAUGAAUUCCUGAAAUUCUCAUUUUUCUUUUCCUAAUACUUAAAAGAAAGAGGGAAAUCCAGGACUGAGUUAUUUUUCUCUUCAUGACAGAGUUAAGGAAAAGAGGGACAGAAACUUAUGGAUAAAAGGAUUCUCAUCCAAACCACCAUCCUUGUUAAGGCUAAUAGAGUUUAGUUUAAUCCUUGAAUGAUAAAUUUUAUAAUCUAAGAGGAAGUGCCCUUUUGCUAACUUAAUAUUUUAUCCCAUAUCUACACCAUUCUUAGGAAGAUCAAGUAGAAAGCAUCUUGCUAAAAAUCAGAGUGCUAUAUGACUCCAACAGUAAAUAAUUCAGAAUGAAGGAGAUUUGAUCACGUAGAAGCAAAUGGGGAACACUGUAAGGUGUUAGAUACCUACCCUGUAUAUAUGUAAUAGAGGGAGAAGAAAUGGAAAAAUGAAGCUAUUUCCUGGGGAUGAUUUCCUUUUGGCUACAAACUGGCAAGCCAUCUUUUGUGCAGAGGUGUUUAAGGCAAUGUGAGACUCUGUGCAGACAACCCAGAUGAUGGUAAAUAUGGCCUGCCUUGUGUUUCAGUAGAUGAGCAAUGAUGUCUUUGAGUGAAAUGAUUCAAGAAACAUUACUUUACUUCUAACUAACUGGAUAGUAUAGUUCUCUGAGAACACAGUGAUAAUGGAUUUACUAUUGUAAGAAGUUAGGUUUUUGCAAUUACAUGAAUUUUCUAUGGAAUCUGAGCAUUACAUUCAUUCACUCAGUCAUUUAUUACUCAUUUACUUAUUCAGUCCACCAGUAUUUACUGAAUACCUAUUUUUGUCUCAGGCAUUGUGCUAAAUAUUGGUGAUAUAAAAAAAUAUAAAACAACCUGGAAGCGACAACGAAGACAUGGUGAGGGAGCAGUCUUGUGGAAUACAGAUUGACACAUACAUUGAAGACGAAAAUCUUAAAGAAUACUUAUUUAUGGCUUUUUCAUCUCUCCUACCUUCUAAGCUGGACUCUAUUGGGUCUUUGUUGGGCUGAGCAGAAUAAUGGUUGGAUUAAUAGUAAUUUAAAUAAGCUGAUUGUCAUAUGAAAGGGCUUGAAUCAUCUCUAGAAAAGAAAGAAGAUAGUGAGAAAGAACUCAGUGCAUACUGGAGAUUUUGACGAUAGAAUGACAGAUAUUUACACUGAUACAGCAAAAAUAGGAUUAGAGGCAAAGAAAAAAUUACCUACAUGGAAUUUUGCGAAAGGUUUGAUGCUGGUUUUAUGUGACCCUACCUCAGUGUGUCUUGAUAAUAAAGAUAUACAACAUUCUUUAAGA